AUGAACCCUCAUGUUGAAGGUGGGUCAGCUGGACAAGCUAAUGCAAGCAAUCAAAAUUAUUGUAGGCAUCACCUUUCUAGUGAAACACAGGAGAGGCUGCUUCCCUUAUUUCCCCUCUUUGCUACUGAGGAAGGGUUUCCUGAGCCAGAAGUGAAUCUUCCUCAACAAGGUGGCAACAACAUUGGUGCCACAACUGAUGUUCCACUUGAGGAAACCCCUAAUGUUGUAGCACCGGAAUCAAACAUUUUCUCUUCAAGGCCCCUUGCUGGAAAUCCUCUGGAAAAUGUCGACUUGUGUCUGAACAUUGGUUUCAGCCGUCAGGCUGCAGCAAUAUCUUCUGCUGUGAUUCCAAGUUCAAAUCUUGCACGUAGCGUGCAUGGAAGCAACUCAAACUCCGUGAGCAUUCCAAGAAAAAGAGGUUCUGGAGAAUUUCAUCGGGGUGAAAGUUCAAACAUGGGUGAAGGGACAGGAGAGGUCAAAAGACUUGCUACUGAGUCUCAGGUGAGAGCUAACAACAAUGUGAACCCGUCACCACCAUCACUUUCUUUGGUGCAACAAGAGUAUCAAUUCCUCCGUGGCCCCCAUGUUAAUCCAAACAAUGAAGGGACACCUUUUCCUACACCCAAUACCCCUGACGGGAUGACUAAUACUGAUGAUGAAAGAAGAGGUUAUCAUGCUCCGAUACCAAGUCACGCGAGUUUGCCUUUCAACGGAACCUCAUCACAUUCCCAACUGUUUCCUCUGCAACCCUCACAUUCCGUUCGGCCUCUAUCCCUUCUCAGUAAUUCAUUCAUGUCCAGUUCUAUCCCCAACCUUAACAACCCAACCGUGCGGAAUGCUCAUCACUUAAUAUCCUCUCCGUGUCCUCACGCUAGAAUCGAUAAUAUGAUUCCAUUUUUUGAACAUAGAAAUGACAUGUUUGGUCCUCUAGUUACAUCCAGUUAUCGACCAAACGGGUCUUACGUUGAUAGUGAUCGAGAGACUAUUAGAAGGGCUCUUCUUUAUGGUCUCCGUCAGUUCGAAGCCCCGGAAUCGGAACCACUGCAAUUACUACCUGGAAUUAUGGGCAAUGGUGGCAGAGUUAGUAAUGCUGGAGCCAAUACGUACCACCCUCUGAGUGAUUAUAGCGCUACAGCUUGGUUUCUUCCACAGGGCUCACGAGGAACGAACCAUUCUGCUCCAGCAAGUAGUUCUGGCACUCAGAAUCAUCAUAGGCCAAUACCACAAUCUCCUUCUCUUGAAUCACUAAGGGAGCUUCCAUCUGAGAUUGAGCACCCUGGAGUAUUUGGGACGUCGCAAGCAUUCACGGGACUAAGUCUGGAAACGAUAAUGCAGUUCAUGGAGCGUGAAAUUUUCUUGGUUGAUGAAGAUGUCUCAGAAGAAACUAAAGAAAGAUGUCCCGUCUGUCUGGAAGAAUUUUGCAGGGGAGAGGAUAUUGGGAAGCUGCAUUCGUGUGUUCACAAGUUUCACUUUGAUUGCAUCAAAGAGUGGCUCAUGCAGAGGAAUCUUUGCCCCGUCUGCAGAAGAACCGCGUUGGAAAGGCCUAAUGACCCAAGUCUACUAUAUAUACUUUGA